AUAAUAAUUUUUGCAACAUGCCAAGUCCUUCCCGCGGGAUAUGAACAGCUCGCAGCGGUUAACCGCUUGCACUUAAAUGUCUAUGGACUGUUGCACAUCAUGUGCUCGAUAAAAAGCUUCAAAGAGAGGAAAUCACUUCUUCAAGUCUUGGGAGUAGUUGUGCUCUUGAUUAGUAGCCACUGGGUCCUCUCUGCAAUACAUGCUUCAUCCUUCUCAGAGAACCAACAAAAGUUAUCUUCAACACAGAUGUCUUAUUAAUAGCCUGUAGGUGAGUUUUGCAGUGGUUAUCAUAUAAAAUGCAAAAGGAGCAGUAUUGUUAUAUGAGACCUUAUGCAUCUGUGGGUUGUUCAGGAGGCUGCUGAUGGUUCAACAUGGAUGCAUGAUGCAAAUUCCAAUUGGAAGCCAGUCAGUAGUUCAAUAACAUGUGGAUUGCAUGGAGAAAAAAGUUCCCAAGUUUAUGGAUUUUGAAGACUUGAGAACCGGAAUUCAUUCCCCAGAAGAGUUAUAUAUUGUGAUUUGGAGCAACCAAUGAACCCGAUGAUAUCUUGGUUUCUGAGAACGACAGUACUCUGGCUUCUACUACUACACAUCACAUCUUCUGCUGAAGACUACAAUUUCACCUUCAAUGGAUUCCACAAUGCAAAUCUCAGCCUCGAUGGCAAUUCAAGCUUCUCUGCUAAUGGGAUCUUGCAAAUCACCAAUGCAACACAGCAAUCCAAGGGCCAGGCCUUCUACCCUUCCCCGCUCCGCUUCAAGAUGUCUCCAUCCUCUGCUGCUCGCUCCUUCUCCACCACCUUUGUAUUCGCCAUUGUUUCCCAGUACCCUGGCUUCAGCAGCUAUGGUUUCACCUUCUGCAUCUCUCCAACCAAGGCGCUUGAUGGAGAGUCUGGCCACUACAUGGGCCUUCUCAAUUCUACAAACAAUGGACACCCAGGGAACCACAUCAUUGGUGUAGAGUUUGACACCAUACUCACACCAGAAUUCCAAGACAUCGAUGACAACCAUGUUGGCAUUGAUAUUCAGAGUGAGAUUUCAAACAGCUCACACACUACUGGAUAUUAUACAGGUAAUACUAAUGCAGACUUUCACAACCUGAGUCUUAGCAGUGGGCAGCGGAUGCAGGUAUGGGUAGAAUAUGACAGCAAAGUUUUGCAACUUAAUGUGACUUUAGCUCCAUUUCGAGUGCCAAUGCCUAAAAGGCCUCUCCUGUCAUUCAAUGUUGAUCUCUCCAGCCAAAUAUUAGAGGAGAUGUAUGUUGGCUUCACAUCAUCUGAGGGUGAUGACCUUACUUCCCAUAGCAUUCUUGGUUGGAGUUUCAAUAUGGAUGGAAAGGCAACUGAUCUUGAUCUUGACAGCUUGCCUUCACUCCCUCAGAGCAACACUAAGAACCAUAAAUCCAUGCUCUGGACAGUCUGGUUGGCUGUGUCUGUGUCUCUAUGCUUGUUAACAGCAGUUUUGAUUAUCAGGCAUGUAGUGGCCAGGAGAGCCAAAUUUGCAGAGCUACGCGAGGACUGGGAACAGGAGUAUGGUCCUCAUCGUUUCUCAUAUAAAGAACUCUUCCAAGCCACAGAAGGUUUCAAGGAUAGACACUUUCUUGGAUUUGGAGGCUUCGGUAGUGUCCACAGAGGAGUGCUACCCACAACCAAAGCAGAAGUGGCAGUCAAGAAAGUCUCUCAUGAAUCAAGACAGGGAAUAAGGGAAUUUGUUGCUGAGAUAGUGAGCCUUGGCCAGCUCCGGCAAAGGAACUUAGUCAAGCUCUUGGGCUACUGCCGCCGUAAGGGAGAACUACUCUUAGUCUAUGAAUUCAUGCCCAACGGCAGUCUUGACAAGUAUCUCUUCAGUCAAACAACGCCAUGUCUGGACUGGAACCAGAGGUUCAGAAUCAUCAAAGGAGUGGCUUCAGGCUUGCUCUACUUGCAUGAAGAGUGGGUGAAGGUGGUGAUUCACAGAGACAUCAAAGCUAGCAAUGUGUUACUAGACAGUGAAUUCAAUGCAAGGCUUGGGGACUUCGGCCUUGCUAGAUUGUAUGAUCAUGGGACUGAUUUUCAGACAACUCAUGUUAUGGGGACAAUGGGGUAUCUAGCUCCAGAGCUAGCAAGGAGAGGCAAAGCCACAACAAGCAGUGAUGUGUAUGCAUUUGGAGUGUUCCUUCUUGAAGUUGCAUGUGGCCGAAGGCCGAUAGAACCCAACGUAGAUUUAGAUGGAGAGGAUGUUGUUUUGAUUGAAUGGGUGUUGGACAGUUGGAGAAAGGGAGACAUUAUUGCUUCCUGUGAUGGCAGGCUACAAAAACAGUAUGUUUUGGAAGAAAUGGAGCUUGUGCUGAAGCUGGGGUUGCUCUGUUGUCAUCCUAUGGCCAGUUCCAGGCCAAGCAUGAGGCAAGCCAUGCAGUUCCUGAAUGGAGAUUCCACCCUCCCAGAAUUCUCACCUUUUUCAUUGAAUCUUGAUUUCUUGAUCUCUCAUGCAGAUGAAGGAUUUGAUAACUUCAUGCUAUCUUGUCCAUCUUCAGUUCCUUCAACUGUUUCUCUUCUUUCUGAUGGCCGCUGAUGCCUGCAGUUAUUCUUUUCUUUUCUUGUAUUAAGUAGUGAUCUUUGGCUAUGAAAUUAGUUUGAUAAAUAUGUUGUUGUUCUUCUCUUUUAUUUAGUUAUGUAAUCUAUGUGCAACUUUGUGGAGAUUAAAUGAUAAAAUCAGGCUGAAGGUUGAAUGAAAUUGCCUCUGUUCUUUCUGUUGCAA